AUGACUGUAUUCUUGCCGACGCGCCUUUUACGCCCAAAUGAGUCCCGGGAUGUUGGUGACUCAUUGGUUUCUAGUCUCGUGCAAAAGGCGGCGAAUCGAGUGGGGGGCAAGGCUGUAACGUGCAAAAGCACCAAUAGCCAUCCGGUUCACCCCUACAAGAAUGCCUUUGGCGCUUCUCGUUGGCUGGGGUUCCUCAAGGCAACGCUCGCAUCGACCAUCCUAUUUGACAAUAAUGAAGAGUCUUACUGCAACAAAAAGCGGCUGCAGCCUUGUUCCAUGCUGUCUCUCAGCCUUGCCUUGUAA